CAAGUGCCUUACUAGUAGUAACAAGAAGCUAUUAGAAACAAGAAUUCUGUAUGCUGAAAGGUAUGCCACCUUGCGUGCCUCACUCUCUUUCCCGAUCUCUUGGCUCAAGGGGUCGGCCUGCUCCGUACUACGCUGGAAGGUGACCAGCAAUGCAAAAAGAAGGGGUCGCAAGGAACACCUAGAAGUGAUGGACGAGGCUCCAGACGAAGCUCCCGAAGAACAGGAGGCUUUUGGUGAAGAGGCUGAGGCAGAGGAAGAGAUGGCGGACGAGGCUGGCGAAGAGCCUGGCGAAGAGCCUGCAGAGGGCGAAGAGAUGGACGAACCUCCCGAAGAUGUGGAGGAGAUGCCGGACGAGGAGGAGCCGCCUGCUGUGCCUGAAGAAUUUGAAGAGCUUCAAGAGAUUGACGCGGAGGCUGCAGAGGCUGAAGCCGAGGCGGAGGCUGUGGAGGCCGAGGCCGAGACGGAAGCAGUGGAGGGGGGAGGAAAAGCCCAAGCAGCCUCCUUUCUGGGUACGGAGAGCCUUCUGGAAAGUUCGCGUCUUGGCUUUCCGUGGUCCACCAUCGUGUCAGAAUGGAAAGCCGCCCAUGCAAAGGGUGAACGGGGGAGAAUGAAGUGGCUCCAAUUGCUGGUGAGCACGAGCGCUGGUGCAGAUGGCAAUGUGCAGAUCGAACGGCUUCGGGCUUUUGGAAUCCCAACCUUAGAUGAUGCUGGAGCAGUGAUGCUUUCUGGUUGGCUUCAAGGAGUCGUCCCUGAGACGGUACCUCAUGAACUUCAUUUGAGUGACUGCGCCAUAACGGCCGUGGGCUUUAGGGCGAUCAUGGACGCUUUGAAUGAAAACCAGACCUUCCCAGCAGACGAUCCGAAGAAACCCGAAGAAGGAAAGUUAGCCUUGUAUUUGAGAAUAGAAGGCAACUAUAUUGAAACGAGCGUCAUCCAGGAGUGCCUGGACGAGGGCACUGCCCAGACAAUGACCAAAAAGGCUUCCAUGGAGCACUCUGACACGGUAAAAUGUCGAAUUUUGAUUCGUGGCGACGAGACUGAGGACAAUCCCUUCAAGCAGAAUGAAGGCGACCCCCCAGACCCUGAAAAUGCACCACCUCCCAAGUUUGUGAAGGAAAAAGGAAAAGGAAAGGGAAAACAUUCCAAGGGCAAGGGCAAGGGCAAGGGCAAAGGCUCCUACUCCUACCGCUAUUGGGGAGGGGGAGCCAAAAACUCCUGGGAAAGCCAGCCAAGACAAGUACAAUCCAAGCCGCGGUCGGCUUAUUCAGAGUGGAAGCCAGCUCGACAGGUCACCUACAGACAGGACAGUAGAACCCAGACCGACAGAUGGGCCAAGCCCAAGGAAUCCUGGCAGUCACACAACAAGAAAUGGGAGUCGAAAGACUCCAACUGGAGCAAGCCAGAGGCCAAGUGGACCAAGCCGGAACCAAAAUGGUCAAAGCAAGAGCCCAAAUGGUCCAAGGCAGAAGACAAAUGGUCCAAGGCAGAAGACAAAUGGUCCAAGCCAGAGACGAAAUGGUCUAGCAAGACUGGAAAUGAGAAAUGGAAUUCAAAGUGGGAGAAGAAUGAUGCGAAACAGGACUCAAAACAGGAAAAGUGGAGUUCGAACUCCAAGCCCAAGUGGGAGGCAUGGGAAGGCCAGAAGAAGCAGCCCGAGCGAAAAUCUGAUUGGGAAUCCAAGACAUGGAAGGAUGACAGUUGGAAGCGCUGGUUGCACGAGGAGACUGGCAAGGGCAAGGCCUCUAAAGGUUCCAAGACCGCUGGCCUGGCAGCACUCCCCAAGAGCGCAAUUACAGAGGCCGAACGCAGCCAACGCUUUGGACAAGGUAAAGGCAAAGGACGGGAGGAGAAGGGAAAAGCAGGAAGGGACAGUGACUUGGUACAGAUUGCAGCAACCUUUCCUUUGCGCAUUUCUAUUCCAUUUUGCACAAAUCUUCAGAUCCAUACAACCGUAAUAAUUUCUGGAGCUGCAGAGAGUUGUAGACGAGGUACAACAAUCCAGCCAAGGGUAGCCUUCGGAAAGAUAAGACCACUUGCUUCCGUUCUUGAUAUGCCCCGCUUCAACAGGGUUUAGGAUGGUGUAGGGCACACUGCCAUCAUAGUGAGCAUAAUCCUGCGAGUGUAGGAUCAGCAUUUUAAAAGCGAAAGCUAGCGAGGCCAC